GUCACGUGACAUGGACGACGCCGUACAGGGGAACUUGUCAACUUGAAGGCUAGUUUUUGUUUCAUUUUUCUCUGGCAGGUCUUGCUCUCAGGACUGGCGACCCAGAGGAAAUGGAUGGAUUUCAGGUGAACUUUACAGAGGCAAUGUGUCUGGGGGCUAGCCUCGCCCUCUCAGGCAUCUGCUACUAUGUGUACAGGAAGAGCCAGACGACAGUCGAUGAGCUUAAUAAUGCUCCACACUUCAUCAUAGAUGGAACACUCAGAGAUGUUUUGAAAGUGACUCCACAAGCGUAUCUACAGUAUGCUGUCAUUGAAGGAGUUGUAAAGCCAGAGGGCGAGCCUCUGAAAAGUGACUUCCACAAGGAAAUUUCUGGCGUGUUACAGAAAUUCGUAUUGAGAGAGCACAGGCUGGUGUGGAACAGCUUUUUACGCAGAUGGACAGAUGAUGAACGAGUCUUGCACGAAAGAGUGAAUGCGACGCCCUUUCUGUUAGUGGGAUCGGAUGAAACUGAAGUCAAAGUCCUGCGCCCUCUGCAGGCCUCUGGAAUGCACAUGGAAGUCAUCCACGAGAAGUUUCACCAGGUCAAUUAUGGUUUCACUGACCUCGUAGGACAAUUCCUCAGCGGGCAGAAGCCUAAAGGUCAACUGGAGAUCGAGGAAAUACUCAAAGUGGGAACAACUCUUACAGGUGUAGGUGAGUUGAUACUGAACACAGACGGCACCCUGAUUCUUCAGCCUCCUUCUAAUGGUUCAGAGUACUUCUUGAGCAUCGCAGACUUUGACACUCUGCAAGGAGAGAAACAGAACGAGGCCGUUUGCUGGAAGACGCUGGCUGUUGCUUUUGCUUUGGCGGGGGCAGCGGUCCUCGUCUGGGUCGGCCUACGCCACUACCGUCGUCUACAAGUCCGCUGGGAGCAGGAGAAGGAACGAAGGGAAUUUGAGAGACUUCAGGCUGAAGCCCCGAGACUGCCUGCUCCUGCGGACCCUGGAGCUGGAAACGACAAUCACACAGAGAACGUCUGUGUGAUUUGCCUCAGUCAACCACGUGACUGUAUUCUGUUGAACUGCGGACACGUAUGCUGCUGCUACACCUGCUACCAGGCCUUGCCACAACGCAAAUGCCCCAUUUGCAGACAGGAGAUCAGCAGAGUGGUGCCGAUCUAUCACACCUGAGACACCUGUGUGGCUGAGUGACCAUGUGACCUCAGUGGACUUUAACUACCUUACAAACUGUACCAGCAUUACACCUCAAAGGUCUAAACUGCUACGUGAAUAUAGGGAAACAUUUUGUCAAUUACAGAGGUUCAGUGAAGUCCUCUUAAAUUGAAGUGUGAAAUUGUACAUGAACAGUACAGGGGGAAAUAAGCAAUUGAGAGAAAAAUGAUUGCAAUACAGAUGUUUAUUUUCCUAAAUUCUUUUUUCGUGCCUUAAUCUGGCGAUUUUUAAGGCUGCUGCUGUCUUGGAGUGAUUGUACUGUAUGUAUGUAAGGUUCUGUUUCAGCCUGUUUUAGUUCCAUAUACUAGCAGCUGAAAGUGACUGACGCAGAGCCACACCUAGUGACAGUUUUUGUGUGAAUGUGUAGUUAAUGCACUACAAAAAAAAGUGAGAAUUCAGUAAAUUAUCAUUCUUUAAAGUAAUACGUGUUGUGUAUGUCCCUUACUGUCAAUAUGGAUGUGUUAGCAAAUCAGCUAUCUCGAAUGGGAAUUUCACCAAGCGUCCAUAUCGGAGUCUGUUUACAGGUAUUAAAGAGUCUCACCACAUACUCUUAAGUGUGGACACGUUAAUGCAAAAAUCAUUGAAUAGAGCCUUUUGUGGCUCUGAAGGAGCUAAAAUAAAGUCUGAUAAAUGACCUCA